AUUCUGAACUGUAUCAUUUCUCCAGAGCCAUAUAUGAUGGCUCUGAUUUCUCCGAAGGUCGAGGAUAGCAUUUAUUACACGCAUUGCUGAGCACGAUACAAAACACCUUGGUCGCCACGCCAACGAACAAGCAAGCACAAGCGACAGACGGGCAGAAGGUUUAACUCUAAGCGUCGCUGUUCAAGUUUGUAUAUAAGUCUGUUGUAUAUAAAUUGAUCGGGUAGUUAUAUACAUAUAUAUAUAUAUACACAGGUAGACUUAUGGCAUAAGGGAGAGUAUUCUGUGUAUUGGUAAACAUUGAAUAUCCUGUAUAUACAGUUUGUUUUUUAAAGUCUGAAAAUGGACAAAGAUGAUGGUAAAGAUACAAUGCCACAAAACGAUCUCAUUGAUUCAUCACAGAAUAUGCAGAUUACAACUUCGCAACCUGUUGAUCAUGCCAUAAACAAAAUUGAGGAAUUAGCAAAUACUCUGAUUGAAACUGUACAUUUCACAGAGGGAGUUCAAGAAAAUUUUCAAAAUUUGGCAGAAAGUUUGGAGGAAUUGGAGACUGAGAGACUGCGAUUGCAUGAUGAGUUAGAAAUCAAAACAAUCAAUGCUAGUGUAAAACGACAUGCAUUAAGAACAAGACCACCAGAAUAUCAGAAAGAACUGGAAGAGGCUGUUCUGGCUGCAAGAAAUAGUAAUGCAGCAACUAUGAAGUCCUUGCAAGCACAAAUGGUUACAGCAUCGGAGGAAACAGAGAAAUCACUGAAACGACAGGAAAUGUUGCAAAUUGAAAAUGCAAGGUUGAUCCCUGAAUGUGAUGAAGUGACAAGACAACAUGAUGAAAUUAUUGCUGCAUUAAACCAAAGAAUGGCCGAUAAAGCCAGUAAACAAAUCAAACUCAACGAGACACGAGAUAUUUUACGAGAGACGACAUCAAAUGUGAAAGAAUUUGACCUUGGAAUGAAGAAUUUAAAUGAAGACUUGGCAAUUUUUCGACAUGAGUCUAAAACUGAAGAAACAGAAUUGCAACAGGAUAUUGCUAAAACAGAAGAUUCAAUUAUACAUCAGAACCAGCAAAAUACAGAGGAGAAAAGAUCAACAGAUCAAAUAUUGGACAGAAUUCUUGAUAUGGAGGGCAAGCUUGAUGUUGUAUUAAAGGAUGUGAGGCGUACAGAAAAUUCCAAGGCUAGACUCGAAAUGCAAAGCAUUCAAUUGGCUGACACUGUGAAUCGGGAGAAAAUGAUCAACAGACAGACAGCUGAAGAAGUUGCAAUAUUGGAGGCAGCAAGAGACAAACAGGCAAUGGGUUUCAAUGGAAAAAUACAAGAGCUGGAAGUGAAACUUAAUCAGGUUGGUGUUGAAAUAUAUGACGUAGAGGAGAUACAUCGAAAGUUGGAAAAAGAGAAAGAUGAAGUAUUUCUCCAUAAAGAAGAAAAAUUAAGAUUGAAAUCAAAACAUCAAGCAUCAGUUAGAGAGAUAGCAAGAGAGGUGCAAAUUAUGAAAGCGAAGACCACGAGUUUGAUUGAGAAAGCAGCUCAUUUGUCUCAUGAAAAUACACAAUAUCAAGAAGAUAUUUCAACGUUGAAUGAAAAUCACAGUGCAACUAUGGAAACAUUCAAUGCACAAAUCAUGGAAUAUCAAGCCAAUCUUGAUGCCGAAACUGUAGAGAGAAUGAAAGCUCAAGAAGAUCGUGAAGAAACAGAAAAAGUUCUUGAUGAUUUCCGAUCAGAACAAGUUCAAUUUAUGAAUAACAUGACAAAGAAAAUAGAAGAAGGAAGAAGAAAACAUAAAUCUUUAGUGGAACAGAGCACCGAGUAUAAGCAAGCUGUUUCGAAUAAUAAGAAAAAAUCCAAGAAUUUGAAAAUCCAGUUGGAUUUAGCAGAAAAGGGAUUUGUUAGAAUGCGAAAAGAAAUGGAGAUGGAGAUUGAACGACUGAAAACCAGUAUUGAACUUUAUGCAACAGAGAACAUUAAAAAAGAAAAAUAUAUUGAAGAUAAGAAGCCAGUCCUUACUGAAUUGGAAGCAGAUUUGGAAGAAGUUGAAAAUGAAUAUUCAGUGUAUAAGAAUGAGGUUGUUACUGUCAGAAACAAACAAAAAAGUGUUCAAGAACAAAUCAAUAGAACACAAGUCAUGCUUGACAGACUAGCUAAGCCACAUGAAAAAUUGAAGGAGGAUAUUAAAGAGUGCAGAAUCUCAAUGCUUGGACAAUUAAGAGAAAGUGCACAAGAGAGAAAAUUACAAGAAGCAGAGAUCUAUGACAGAACACAGAAGCUUGAAAAUGUUGUUGAAGAAAACGAGAAAUUUUCAAUCUCAUGUGAAAUAAAGAAGGAUCUGGUGGUAGAUAUAGGAAUGGAUAUCAAAGCUCAUGGUUAUUAUCAAGAAUUUCUUGUCAAAGAAUUGAAUGAAUUACAAAGAAGAUUCACGGCUGCGUGGGAUGUCUGUAUUGCCAUGGAAAAAGAGUCUGCUCAACAGGAUGAUGAAAUUUUGGAAGGAAUCAAAGAUUUACAAAUGGAAACAAAAGACAGAUGUAAAGUAUUAACUGGAAUAUCAGAUCAACUCAAUUCUGAAAUGAAUGUUUUAACUGGAUUCUUAGAUAAUGUCAAUAGCAGAAGACCAAAAGAUACGAGACAACAGCAGAGGCUCAAACCAACACCACCAGUUGCACGUCCCUGGAGAACUCGAAAAAGUUCUUCUUUUGUAUCGCCUCCUAGUAGAAAUUUACAAUUACCUGUUUCAUCUCCAUCGUAUUUAAGAAGAAUAUCAGGAAUUGCACAUGCUUGAUGGAGGACUAAACCACAGUUGUUAGAAUACAGCAUGUUGAGAAUAAAUUAUACCUGCCAAGACACUUGUGUAAUAUGGACAGAGCUAUUUUCUAGCCCUGUCAAUCUGAAAUACUCCCAAGAUACAACUUUAUACAAGGAUAAUAUUAUUGUUUAAAUGGUCGCUUGUUGAGUUGUUUUUCAUAUGCUUUAUAUUCUAUUUAGAUUUUGUUGACAUAUUUUCUGUAACUUGUGCCAAAGCAAGGACAUUGUUACACACCACCAAUUACUGGGACUUUCACAACUUGAAAUGAUAGUUGUGCAUAGCUUGAAUGUACUUAAUUGCAUGCACUGCCUUCGUUUUUCUAGGUGACAAAAGAGAAAAGGCGCCAAAUUUAUAUACAAGCCAAAUGUGCUAAUUAAUACCAAACUGAUAAUUGAAAUACCAAAAAAUGAUGAUGGCCAAUCAAUGGCCAGUUGCCAGCAUAACCCAUCAAAUAAAAUGCCCUUUUGCUGCCUGCUGGUAAACAACCGUGUAUACCCUGAUUUUCUGUAUAUAUUUCCUAAAUUUUAUAUACUUUUAUAUAUCUGAUAAAUUUAUUGAGCUUUCUAGUUUUUACCUAUUAUUUUUAUAUAUAUUUUCCUUUGUAUCAAAUAAACAUGAAGAUUGAAAUGUAUUUCUCAUAUUAGAUUAGCGAAGUAUCGGUAGACUAUAUUGAGCUCGAGAUUAACUGGGGUUGCAACUGUCUUAGUUUUAUUGCAAUCUCUGAUAGAUGGAGCUAGAUAGAACAAUCCAUGCGUAUAUGAAUCACUUCAACCAGACGGGUCUUAUGCACCUAGUUGAUAUUGGGUUCAAAUGCGCUUUUAAUGAAAUAAAUAUUGUACUUGAUUGAUAUAUGGCGACUUUUUAAAGGAAGUUUAUAAUCAACGCCUGUUUGG